UUCCUGGUGCGUUUGUAUUGCUGCCUGCGUGCUGCUCAAUGCGGAAGACAAACAGGGUACAGACUUUCUGAUAAACUGAGAUACCAGACCUGAAGAAACUUUCCAAGGAGUUUGAUUGAGCCCGGAAGUGUUUGACUCGUCAGGUCAAAAAUCCCAACAAUGUGGCCAAAUCAAGGUCCUACCCCUCCAGUUGGCACACCAAACCCUGCCUACCCUCCUGGCUACAACCCUGCAUAUCAUGUUGCACCUCCAUCAGGACUCUUCCCCCAACCUCCACAUGGGCAAUUCCCGGCUGGACAAUUCCCGGCUGGACAAUUCCCGGCUGGACAAUUCCCAGCUGGGCAAUACCCGGCUGCGCCAUACCCCGCUGGCAUGAACCCAGCCAUGGGACCACAUGUUCCUCCAGGGGCUAUGCCUUAUAGGGCUCCGGGACCUAAUCCUUAUCCUAUGGCUCCAGGUGGAUAUCCACUAGUCCCUCCUGCCGGUGCUCACCCAGGUCCGUACCCGCAUUCUCCAAAAGGGUGUCACCAAAAAGGCCAUAAAGACCACAAAGGCAAUAAAGACCACAAGGGCCACAAAGGGCACGACAAAGGUCAUCAUCAUGGAGGGCUCAAUCCCAUAGCUGGAGCAUGCGUCGGAGGAUUGGUUGGAGUAGGAAUGGGGUUGGCUGGACAUAAAGGCCACAAAAAGGUGAAAAAGAUGAAGAAAGCACAUAAGGGAAACAAACAUGGCAAGUCCUCCAGCAGCAGCAGUAGCAGCAGCAGCAGCAGCAGCAGCAGCAGUGACUAAAAGGAAGGCCACCAGGCAUUCUCAGAAACGUUGCAUUACAAAAGUGCAACCGUAUUAAUAAAAUAAACACACUAAAGUCAUACUUAUCACUUUAAACAGGACAUACAAAUUGAAAAUGAAAUUCAAUAAAGGUAGAAAAAAACGUUUUUAUCACAUAUCUGGCUAGAAAUCCAGUGUUGCUGUUAACAUUUUCACAGCAUUUUGUGUUUGCAUUCCAUCAUGUCUCCAGUUUUUUUAGUUUUUGUAAAAUGUUCCCUUACAAGUACAUUAGUGUCCAAACCUAUUACAAUGAUUUGAAGAGGGGCUGCACCAUUGGUUUAUGAUAAUAUCUAACAUUGUGAUUUAGUAAAUGAAAAUAUGUAUAUUUUGCUUUUUUUCCUCUUUUUUUUUCUAAUGAAGUUUAACCUUGAGGUGAAGAAUGAGACAGAUAUUUAAUGUCUUUAUUUAGGCCAACUUUAUGCUAAUUGUGUUCACUGCUACACGUAACUGUGUUAUUCAGCAUUGCUUUGUAUCUGCAUUAAUUCUUAUUACAAAUAGAGGGUCUUACAUUUAAUAAAUACUUAUAAAUACAAA